GGUGAUGUAGCGCGACGUGGUGUGUAGGGCCGUUUACUGCCCGAGUGUGUAUCGACCUCUGUCCAUGGUGCUGGAUUUUAUAAUUCGUGUCCUCCCUACAAUGUAACGCUUGCAGUUUAAUCCAAUCAGGUCUGAUUCGAGCAAAUUGCACAAAACUGUGGUUUCGUACAUACAUUUUGUUCUGCGUUAGAGUGCCAUGUAAUUAUAGGUGUGACAGUAAUGAGCAGAUAAGUGCGGUCAAGGUGUCGUCGGGACUCGGCACUGCAGCAUCCGCUCUGCGGCUGCUCGCUGCUGCUGCUGCCGCUGCUCACAGUCCCGCAGACAAAGUCAGAGAGGGAGGGAAGUUGUGAGGCCAAGAAGUGGGUCUACAUCCCCACGAAAAGGGCAAAUUAGAAACAAUGGCGGAUGCUAAUCCACUCAGGGGACUGCCCCGGAUCCAGAGGGCUGCGAUGUCAUUCCCUGGACAUUUGCACUUAGUUCUAGUGCUGAGACCCAAAACCCACCUGCAGACCACUGGAACAGACCUCGGUUUCCGCUUCAGUCAGGACGACUUUGCACUCAAGAUGCCGAUGGUAAUGCUGAGCUCCCUGACAGACCUGCUUCGCUUCAUUGAUGAAAAUCAACUGAGCACUGAGUUUGGUGGUACGCUGGAGGAAUGCCAUAGUGACUGGAUAGUUCUGCAAACGGCCAUAGAGAGUUUUGCAGUGACUGUGAAGGGGAUUGCUCAGUUACUGCAGACAUUCGGCACAGAGCUGUCUGAGAUGGAGCUACCUGAUGAAGCCAGUGGCAUAGAGUACCUACUCAGAUCACACACUGAGAAAUACAGGCAGAUGAAGGAUGACAUUAGGUCAGUUAUGAGAGAAGGAUGCCAGCUUCUCUCAAACCUCGAGGCCUCAAAAGCUGUGGAAGGUGCUGCAGCAGAAGACAGAGACAUCAGCCAAGACAAAGAAAGAGUGCAGAGGUAUGUAGGCUAUUACUCAGCAGCAGAAUAAGCAC